GAGCGCCGGAACCGAGCGCCGGGCGCGGCCGCCAUGUUACGAGGCGGGCGCGGGGCCGCGGCGGCGCUGAGGCGGGCGGCGGGGAGCCGCGGGGCGGGCGGCCAUGGCCAGGGGGGGCAGGCGCUGGAGCCGUCCCUGCUGCGCUUCUUGGUGUGCCCGCUCUCCAAGCGGCCGCUGAGGUACGACGAGUCCACCAACGAGCUCGUUAAUGAGGAGCUGGGCAUCGCGUACCCCAUCAUCGAUGGCAUCCCGAACAUGAUCCCGGAGGCUGCCCGGACAACGCAGAAGAAGCCCCCGGCCGACAGCUUGAAGGAGACCUCAGGGCCCGCUGGGCCCCAGCAGUAAACCGAUGGCAGGAGGAGGCGUGCUGCCCUC